AUGAACGACGACAGCGUCAAAGAAGAAGAAGAAGAAGAAGAAGAGGAAGAAGAGGAAGAAGAGGAAGAAGAGGAGGAAUUAAUGGAGUUGGAAAAGAAUUUUCCUCCUCCUCUUCUCGGGGAAAACAACAACACGAAUACGAACAACAACAACAACGUGAACAACAACAACACGAACAACAACACGAACGCGAAGAACAAGAACAACAAGAACAACAACAUUCCUGGCGACGGCGACGGCGUUGAAGAAGAAGGCGUUGAAGACAGAAGAGAAAAGAUCCAGGUUCCCGUGCACUUCUCGUGUCCGAUUACUUUCGAGUUAAUGCGGGACCCAGUGUUCAUAGCCUCUGGGCACACGUACGACAGAAGGUCAAUCGCGAAGUGGUUUCAGCAAGGUCACAAGACGUGUCCAUCGACCGGGCAACGAUUGAGGAACACUGAAAUCACGCCAAACUUUGCGUUGAGAAACGCGAUAUUGGAGUGGGCGAAGGAGACGAAGUUUUUAGUCGACGCGGAAGGGGAGGAGUUGCUGAGGAACGUUUCGCAAAAACCAACCGUACAAAUAGGCGGGACGUUGCAAUUUGGAGACGAUUUAGAACACGACGACGAUGCAGACGACGACGAUAGCGAGGGAGGAAGAAGACGAAUGUCCACGGACGGCGGAGAAGGCGAGAACGGAGUCGCGGGAGCAGAGGGAAGAGAAGAAGCGGCGGGAUUUGAAAAUGUAGGAGGAGGCGAGGGCGGCGGAGCGAACGUAUACGAUACCAUCGACGACGAUCGAAUUGAAACGGCAAUUAAUAACUUGGCGAGGCGAAAUCCAAACAUUACCGGCGAUGCCGCCAUGGGUGGCGAACCGAGUCCGAGCGCGCCGGAACACACCGUUUUAGAAGGCCACGAAGAAAUCGUCUGGGCGGUUGAAACCACGAAUAGCUUAGUAUUUACGGCAUCGGCGGAUAAAACCGUGCGCGUGUGGGACAUCCCAUCGAGACGGUGCGUGCACGUGUUGGAAGAGCACACCAGACCGGUGCUUUCGCUCGCGGUGAGCACGAGGCACAAGAGACUGUUUAGCGGCUCGUACGAUUGCACCGUGCGCGUGUGGGACAUCACGACGUUUCGCAGAAUGAAAGUGCUCUCUGGGCACACGGAUGCCGUUCGCGCGUUGGUCAUCCACGAGGUGAGUAAGAGCGACAAGAACAUGCGAGAUAGAUUGUUUACCGGGUCCUACGAUCACACGAUCCGGGCGUUUGACGUGGUAACUUUAGAGCCGCUGGCGGUUUUGACAGGGCACGGCGGGCCGGUGAGAACGUUAGUCGUCGCGUUAGACCGCGUCUUUUCGGGAAGUUACGAUAAAACCAUUCGCGUUUGGGAUGCCGUCAAAUUGAAGGAAAUCAAAGCGCUCACGGGCCACAAAGAUGCCGUUCGAGCGUUGAUCGCGCAUAAAAAUAUCAACAAGCAUUCGAUGAACGCGACUACUAAAACUGAAACCACCGUCACCGCCAACGACGAGGCUAAUAACGAUACUAUAUCAUCCUCAAAAAAUCCAAUCGUCUUGAGUGGUUCGGAUGAUUCAACCGUCAGAGCGUGGGAUGCUCGCACGUUGAAAUGUUUGCAAGUGUGCGUCGGCCACGAGGACAACGUUCGCGUCUUGGCGCUCGAUUCGAGGUUCCUUUAUAGCGGUUCGUGGGAUAAAACCAUCCGGUGCUGGGAUUUACAAAAUAAUCUAGAGUGCGUCAAGGUGAUUACCGGUCACACGGAGGCAGUUUUAGCUUUAGCGGUGAUGCAAGGUCACGUCGUGAGUGGAUCGUACGAUACGACGGUUCGAUUUUGGAACGCGAAUUCGUUCUCGUGCGCGGGGAUGUUUGAAGGUCACGAGGACGCCGUGAGAGUUUUAGCGUCGACCGGCGAAGGCGCGACGAAAGUAUACAGUGGGUCCUACGAUGGCUCCGUCGGGUUCUGGAGUCUCCCCACGGCGUUACCGGCUCGACAAAGAAGUCUCGGAAACACUACUCAUACCACCGCUACUCAACAAUCAGAGCAACAAGCGAUGCAGGCGUCUCCGAGCGCGCCGACGCCGCCUUGA